AUGAGUGAGACGUUUACACGUCAACUACAGCUGCAGCGAUCGAUCGAGCGGUCGCUCGACAACUUCAAAAAACUUGGGCGGACCAACCUAACACCGGCAAAGGUACGGUCGCGACUCUCAGCUCUAAAGGAUCUCUGGCGGCAAUUCCAAGACGGGAACACCGUGCUCCUGGAGACUGUUCCGUCGACCAUUCAACAGAGCCAGGACUACUUCGUGGAGCGCCGCUACGAGUCGACGGAAGAGAGGUACCAAUGCACCGUUGACUUUAUGUCGGAAAUUCUGGAGGAGCUCAAGCCGCCUCUUCAACGUUCACCGGAUGAACUGUGGAGCGACAUUUUAGUACAUAUUAUAGUUCAAAAACUCGAUCCGGUUACUAAGCCGUGGCGGCUUAAGACGAUCGACCAACUCGAGCCUCCGUCGUUUAAAGACUUGAGUGCCUUUCUUGCAUGCCGUGCGCGAGCUCUUGAGGAGAUUGCAAGCUUCCCCGCUAUCAAGACUGCUUCAGGAACUGCUCCGAUACGCAGGGUGACUGUCGCGACCGCGGCCACGUCGCCCGAUCCUGCAUGUCCGAUAUGCAAGGCGCGACAUUUCUUCAGCGAGUGUCAGACCUUUGUGCGAGGGAGCGUGUCUCAGCGUCGCGAGCUCGUUCGGAAGCAUGGUCGUUGCUUCAAUUGCUUAAGUCAAGGACACUCAGUUAGAGAAUGCAAAAGCAAGUAUUCGUGUCGCAAUUGUCAAGCUCGCCAUCAUACUUUGCUUCACACGAGCCAGCGACCUGAGGCUCAUGAAGCGAACGACUCGGUUAUCGUGCAACCGAGCUCGAACGUGAACCCGAGCGUUGAAGUUACUUCGAUGAUCGCGUCAUCUUCGAAAGCGCAACAUACGCCGGUUCUCCUCGCGACCGCGCGCGUCCGAGUAGGGACGCCCAAUGGGCGCUCCCUCGAAAUUCGCGCUCUCCUCGAUCAGGGCUCCGAGAUGACGUUCAUCUCGGAGCAUCUCGCUCAACUAUUGCGUGCGAAACGGCACCGACUGCCUACGUCGGUGUCCGCCGUCGGAGGCGUUCAUGCUGGCACAUAUCGCUUCGCCGCGCGGAUCUCUCUUUCGCCUCUUUCGUCCGGUAAUCCGUCUAUCACGACGAACGCGUUAAUUCUUAACACGCUCACAUCAUAUUCGCCGAAACGAGCAGAGGGUGUCGCAUCGCUUCGGCAUCUCGAGGGCGUCGUCUGGGCGGAUCCGGAUCCUACCAGUUUGGAACCGAUUCACCUCAUUAUCGGCGCGGAACUCUAUGGUGAGGUAAUGCUAGAGGGCCUUCGAAAAGGUAACCCUGGCCAGCCGAUCGCGCAAAAUUCGAUAUUUGGAUGGGUCAUCUCAGGUCCGACGACGUCCACUCUCGCCGCUCAAACUCACUUGCGCCCGUGCGAAAUUAACUCGAGUCACGCUCAUCACAUCGCGGUUCAUCAUUGUGUCACUGAGUCCUCCUUGGAAGAGGAGAUUAAACGAUUUUGGGAGGUCAAGGAGCCUCCCGGUCAUCCGCAUACGGCACCUGACGACGCAGCCUGCGAAAAUUACUUUCUCGAAACGCAUUCACGCACCGCGACGGGACGGUACGUCGUGCGUCUUCCCUUUCGAGCCGGUCCUCCAAUCGCAAUCGGUGACUCUCGCUUUCGCGCGGAAAAGCAGCUCAACACGCUUGUGAGGCGGCUGCACCAGCAGCCUGCUAAGUUUCGCGAGUACCGCGCAUUCUUGAAGGAGUACGAAUCACUCGGGCAUUCGCGCGUGGUUUCCCGCGCCUCUAACUCGUUAGCGCCGUGCGUCUUCCUUCCUCAUCACCCGGUUUUCCGCGAAACCAGCUCAACCUCGCGGUUGCGGGUCGUCUUUAACGUGUCUAGCGUCACGUCGAACGGAUCCUGUCUAAACGAUCACCUCUUGUCUGGUCCGAAAUUGCAAGCCGACUUGCCCUCGGUCAUUCUUCGCUGGCGACAGUUUAAGUUUGUCUACACCGCCGACAUUGCGAAGAUGUUUAGACAGAUUUUAGUCGACCCGCGCGAUCUCAAUUACCAGCGAAUCUUGUGGAGGGAUUCGCUGGACGAUGCAGUCGAGGAGUAUCAACUCCUCACUGUGACGUACGGCACAGCUUGCGCUCCUUUCCUCGCUCUCCGAGUCUUACGUCAAUUGGCGCGUGACGACGGUUCGCGUUUUCCGGUUGCCGCUUCCGUGCUACUCAACCACAUCUAUGUCGACGACGUAUUAUUCGGCCACGAUAACGCUCGCGAGCUCCGAGACGCUCGCGACCAACUGAUAAACCUCCUCCGACUUGGCGGUUUCGAGCUUCGGAAAUGGGCGAGUAACUCCGCGGAUCUCCUGACUGACAUUGACGCCAAUGACCACGGUAUCGCGUGUAGCAAGUCUCUGUCCGAUUCCGACCACGUUAACAUUCUCGGCAUCGGAUGGAACCCGAAGUCCGACGCCUUCCACAUUAAAGUUUCGAUUCAGGACGAGAUGCCCACGACGAAGCGAUGGCAACUCAUCUACGCCGGUAUCCCGCGUUUAAACGAACUUCACAUUCCGCGAUGGUCUGGACUCACGGCAAACGCGAGGAUCGAAUUACACGGCUUCGCCGAUGCAUCUAAUGUUGCUUACGCCGCUGUUGUGUACGCUAGAGUGGCUACCGCGACCGGAAAAAUUGUAAUCACCCUGCUGCAAGGGAAAUCUCGCAUCGCGCCGCUCAAGACGCAGAGUAUUCCUAGCCUAGAACUGCUAGGAGCAACGCUUCUCGCUCGUCUCAUCGAAUUCGUGCGCUCGGUCUUGAAUCUCAGUGCUGCCCCGUGCGUGUGCUGGUCCGACUCGACUAUCGUCCUCGCGUGGCUCCGACAGCAUCCGUCAAGGUGGAGGACGUACGUCGCGAAUAGAGUCGCGGAGGUGCAGGGCCGGCUGCCGGGCGUCGAGUGGCGGCAUAUUGCGACCGCCGACAAUCCGGCGGAUUGCGCGUCGCGCGGUCUCCUAGGAGGCGAACUGUUGUCUCAUCCCUUGUGGUGGCAAGGGCCUUCGUGGCUCACGCUUUCGUCGGACCUCUGGCCGACAGACUCCGAGGAGUUGCCUGCCGACGCUCCUCUUGAGACAAAAAAGCACUAG